AUGGAUAUGGAUAAGACUUGUGCCAAUACUAGCGCGGUUGUUGUAUCCAAUAUGGAGCAGACUAGAUUUUCCAUCACCGCUGAUUGUGAAUCUAUCACUGAACCGAAUGACUAUGGUUCAGUUGGACAAUCUGACGUGGUUCCUUUUGCAGUUAUAUCAAAAUUUAUUAAUGAUGAAAUUAAAUUGGUUCCUGUCGCAGCUAGAUCUGAAUUAUUAAUAAGUGAUUCUGAAGAAUCUCACAAGUGCGAAACUCAAAGGGAACUGGAGAAAAUUGCAGGAACUAGCCUGGAGACUGGGAUACAUCCUGUUAUAAACGAUACUGAAUAUAUUAGUGAUCCCGAUGGCUAUGAUUCUGAUCGAGAUCCUGAAUAUGAAGUUUCUCCUAGAUCCAAUACGCCUUCUACUUCAGAGUCAGAGGCACGGCAUGAGUCUGAGUUAGAAGAACCAGAACAUAACGGAAUUAGUUUAGAUAUUCCAAAAGGAAGAGCAAAAAAAGGCAGAAAAAGGAAGUACUUGAAUAUGACUAGAGCGGAAAAUAAAAGAGCAAAAAACAGCAACGAACUUCAUUUUGAUUAUAAAAGAAAGGCUAUAGAGAAGAAAACAUUUGAUGAAACUUUUAAAUGUAAAUGUUACAAAAAAUGUCACAUAAAAGUAAGCACGGAUGAAAGAAAGAGAGAAUUUAUUAAAUAUUGGGAAUUGGGUAGCUAUGACGCCCAAACCGCCUUACUAGGAGCGUUGGUUAGUGAGGAACCUAAGAAUAGAAAGUAUGAACAAAAUAUAAGGUCAAGACAAUUUUCAACACACUACAAGCUGAAUAAAACCGCGAUGUGUGCCGCGAGACUUGUAUAA